ACAGCUGUGCUUCUGUGUUGCCAGGACGCCUACUGCCCGGGUAUAAAGGCCGCCCAGGGCAGGAGCCUCCAGAACUCACCGCCCUCCUCCCUGACUCCACUCCAGCCCCACGCCACCAUGUGCUACACCAGCUGCUCCACGGGCUGCCAGCCGGCCUCCUGCACCCCCAGCUCCUGCCAGACGUCCUGCUACGUGCCCAUGAGCUGCCAGCCCACCGUGUCUGUGCCCGUGAGCUGCAGGCCCGCCAUGUCAGUGAGCUGCAAGCCUGCCGUGUACGUUGUCCCCUCCUGCCAGUCCUCUGUGUGUGUGCCCGUGAGCUGCAAGCCCCUUGUGUUCAUGGCCUCCUCCUGCCAGUCCUCCGGGGGCUGCCAGCCCUCCCGCCCCACCCUGCUCUACAGACCCAUCUCCUGUAGCACCCCGUCCUGCUUCUGA